UUAAGAGACUUUGGUGACUCAGGGUUUUGGAAAGAGCACAGAAGAGUAAGAUCUAGAGGAGGACAGAAACCUUGUGACAAGACUCACUGGACAUCCAGGUUUGAGUACUUGUCUGAUGUUAAUGCCUGGCUGGGCACUGGGACAGAGAGGGGAGUAAUCACUAGAAGACAACAUGGCAUCUAAAGAUCAAUCUGACUAUGACAUGGAUAUAGAGAAAGCCUUGGAACAAGUGGACUUCGAUGAUCCAGAACCAGCCCCAUACACUGAGAGCCAAAGUGAUGAUGAACAGAAGAGGAGAUCUACUCUGUACAAAUUCCUUAGACAAUCUGCAUUUUGGGAGAUCCGGGGAUCAUAUAAUCUGAACAGGAGGAGGCGAAUGAAGGAUGAAAGGCAGGGUGGACAAUAUCGUGUCAAGCAAAAGCCAUUUGAAGAAGAAGAAGAAGAGGCUUCUGCACCAGAUUUCCCUCCUCUUGCCCCAGCCUUUAUCCCACCCAGACACGCAACAGACGAGGUCUACAUAGAGCUGCAUGAGUUGACAAUGGAUGCUCACAAUGAGAUGCGUUGGGUAGAGGCUGCCCGCUGGUUGAAGGUGGAGGAGGAUUAUCAGGAUGAUAUCCGGCAAUGGGGUAAACCUCAGAUCUCCUAUCUCACCUUUCACAGUCUUUUGGAGGUACAUCGUGCAUUCCAGAAAGGGACUGUACUUCUGGACCUUGCUGAGAAGACUCUUCCUGGGAUAUCCAGCCAAGUCAUUGACCAGAUGAUUUAUGAAGACCGCCUAAAGCCUCAGAACAGAGAUGAGGUCCUGAGAGCCCUUCUUCUACAACACAGCCGUCCUGAUGAAGAAAUUGUAAAAGGAGGGGACCCAGAAAGUGGGCAGCAUCUGCUACAUUCAUUAGAGAUGAAAACCGUGCCAGAAAAGGAAGAGAAGAAAAGUCCGCUAGCUGAACGGGUGCCAGAAAACGCAGAAGCCUCCAUUGUUCUGGUGGGAUGUGUCUCUUUCUUGGAACAACCAACCCUUGCAUUUGUGCGUCUAAAAGAAGCAGUCUACCUAGACUCUGUCCUGGAGGUUUCUCUACCUAUUAGAUUUCUAUUUGUCCUUCUGGGCCCUGAUAACUCAAACAUCAGCUACCAUGAAGUCGGAAGGGCAGUGUCCAGUAUGAUGGCUGAGAGGGUCUUCCGCAAUGAUAUGUACCUUGCUGAGGGGCGUCAGGAUCUCAUUAAGUCUCUGGAGGAUUUCCUGGAAUAUAGUAUAGUUCUACCCCCCUGUGACUCUACUGAUGAGCAGCUUCUGAAGGACCUGGCACCAGUGCAAAAGAACCUGCUCAGGAAACGAUACCAGAUAGAAAAGGUGCUUGGGAGAAGCAGACCAGAAAUCCCUGCUGAACCACCUGAGGACCCCUUGCGUCGAACUGGAAAGAUAUUUGGGGGUCUAGCACGUGACAUACGCCGGAGAUAUCCCAAGUAUUUGAGUGACAUCACAGACGCCUUCAACCCCCAGUGUUUGGCAGCUGUCAUCUUCAUCUACUUUGCCGCCCUCUCCCCGGCUAUCACAUUUGGGGGGUUAAUGGCUGAGAAGACAGACAGAUGGAUGGGUGUAUCGGAAUUGCUGGUUUCCACGGCUUUGCAGGGUGUUGUGUUCUGCAUUUUAGGAGCUCAGCCCCUUCUCAUCCUUGGCUUCUCUGGACCACUGCUUGUCUUCGAAGAGGCCUUUUUUAAUUUCUGUGAGAGCCAAGGAAUUGAGUACAUUGUCGGACGUGUAUGGAUUGGAUUCUGGCUAAUCCUCAUUGUGAUUAUUGUGGUGGCCUUUGAAGGAAGCUUCCUUGUCCGGUUUAUCUCCAGAUUCACACAGGAAAUAUUUUCCUUUUUGAUAUCUCUCAUUUUCAUCUACGAGACGUUCGCUAAGUUGGUUACAAUUUUCAAUAAACAUCCGCUACAAGGUCACUACAACCAGACAAGUAAGAUUGAUCUUACCAAGAACCCCCAACCCAACACUGCUCUGCUGUCUCUCGUGUUGAUGUUUGGAGCUUUCCUUAUUGCAUUCUUCCUGCGUCAGUUCAAAAACAGUGGCUUCUUUCCCGGAAAGCUGCGUCGUAUCAUUGGAGAUUUUGGGGUGCCCAUUUCCAUUCUUCUAAUGGUGGUGGCCGAUUACUUUAUUAAAGACACUUACACACAGAAACUCAGCCUUCCCAAGGGCCUCAGCGUUUCCAGACCUGAAAACCGUAGUUGGUUUAUCCCACCUCUUGGAUUCAACACGGUUGACCAUCCCUUUCCCAUCUGGCUGAUGUUUGCCUCAGUUGUCCCAGCAGUGCUGGUAUUUAUCCUCAUCUUCAUGGAGUCUCAGAUAACCACGCUAAUUGUCAGUAAGCCGGAAAGGAAAACAGUAAAGGGUUCUGGCUUCCAUCUGGACCUCCUCCUGAUCGUAGGCAUGGGAGGGGUGUGUGCACUUUUUGGGAUGCCCUGGCUUAGUGCCACCACAGUGCGUACUGUAACCCAUGCCAAUGCCCUCACCAUCACCACCAAAGGGGAUAAACCUCAGAUAGAUCGGGUUAUUGAGCAGAGGAUCAGUGGUUUCCUGGUGGCCAUCCUUGUCGGACUGUCCAUCCUCAUGGAGCCUAUCCUCACCCUCAUUCCCUUGGCUGUCCUAUUUGGAAUAUUCCUGUACAUGGGUGUGACCUCCCUGAAUGGAAUCCAGUUGUUCGAUCGCAUCUUACUCACCCUGAAACCACCAAAAUAUCACCCAAAAGAGUCAUAUGUCACAAGGGUUAAGACCUGGCGUAUGCAUAUCUUCACACUGAUUCAGACCCUGUGCCUGGCCGUCUGCUUUGCUGUGAUGUUCACCCCAGCUUCCCUGGCACUUCCCUUCAUCCUGAUCCUGACUGUGCCAGUCCGCAUGUUCCUUAUGCCCUUAAUCUUUAAUAAAUUGGAACUCAAAUGUCUGGACUCUGACGAUGCAUCUGUGAACCUGGAGGAGGAAGAAGGCCAGGAUGUCUACAAUGAGGUCCAGAUGCCCAUUUAAAGGACCCAAGUUGCUCUUAGAAUAUUACCUUUAACAGGAGGUCACCUUAAACUGAGCUGAUGGAGGCAAUAGGUGGCUCCACUCUAGUGAUAGUAUAUAUAUGCUUUUAGUAAUGUAUUACCUCAAAGACUUUGGGGUUCUGUCAUACCCCUGUAACCCUUAGCAACCAAUCAGUUUUUUUUAAUUAUUAUUAUAACUGCCUUAGUCCAUUAGUAUAUGCUAACUACUGAUUGGUGGCUAUGGAUUACUAAACCAUGGGCAUAAGUUUCUAUAGUUUUUGAAGUCUACUGCCCACCACCGGACUUCAAUCCUUCUUUGGGGGCAUUUGAUUGGCUCAAACCCACCCUACCUGCGUGUAACCCUAUGGAAAACCGUUUAGUUUCCCUGCUCAGUUGUAUUGCCCUUGUCACAGUGAUUACAAAACAGAGGAGGAAAGUGCCAAGAAAUGCUUCUCGCUUCAGUAAACUGCCAGUAUCAUCAAUGUGAAACCAGAGCGCCGCCUGAUGUUUGGCUGGGGCAACGACCAGACAGAACAACCAGUGAAGUUAAAUUAAUUGAAGCAGGAAGCAUCUUUUGAUGCUUCCCUGCUCGGUUCUAUCGCUCCAGCCACAAAAAGCUGUAGAACUGAGCAGAGAAGCGCCAAGAGAUGCUUCCCUUUAUAGUUCUGCUUGGCCCUUGUUGUGAAAACUGCUAAUGUUGUGAAAUCUAGAGAAAGUUAGUGUAUAUUGUAAAAGUGCUUAGAGGAGAAUUUUUAAAUGAGGUUAAGUGGUAGGAUAUAUCCCCUUUUAAAAAACAUUUCCAGAUCAUUUCGCUUUUAUUUUUAUACUUUUUUAAAUCCAACGCUGGUUGCGCUUGAUCCUCCCCCGUGUAAAUAUACCUCAAAUCUUAUAUAUUGCGCUAGAUUCUAAAA